GGGCGUUUUGUUAGCCAAUUGAGUCAACGUAUAACUUCUCGAAUUUGUACGCCUAUAGCUGUAUUUUUUGUAUCUGAGUCAGUCUUAUAAUUUGGAAUUUGGAAGAAAUUAUGUUUUAUUUCUGAAAGGACAAGUUGAGUGAAUAGAAAAAUGAGUUUUUCCAGUGACGAAGUCAACUUUCUCGUUUAUAGAUACCUUCAAGAGUCGGGAUUCCAACACUCCGCAUACACAUUUGGUAUAGAGUCACAUAUAUCCCAAAGUAACAUUAAUGGUGCCUUAGUGCCUCCUGCAGCACUUUUAUGUGUACUCCAAAAAGGAUUGUUAUAUACAGAAGCUGAAAUAUCAAUUGGAGAGGAUGGUACUGAACAGCGUAUAGUGGAAUCAUUAUCGCUAAUUGAUGCUGUUAUGCCUGAUAUUGUUGCAUCUCGACAAAAUCAGCAAAAUCAACAAAACCAACAAAAACAACAACUCAAAACUGAAAUCCAAGAUACAAAUGGAGAAGAAGCUGUACCCCUUAAUGAUGGAGUUGGCAAUAAUGAAAAAGGGACUGAUAGAACAGAAAUGGAAGUUGAUGAUCAACAGCAAGGCCAAGGCACUGGACCCAAUGCCAAUUCUGUCAAGAUUCCAGCUAACAAAGCUACCAAACUCUGUGGACACGAGUCAGAAGUAUUUAUUUGCGCUUGGAAUCCCACCACAGACCUAUUGGCUUCUGGUUCUGGUGAUAGCACAGCUCGAAUAUGGGAUAUGUCUGACAAUUCUCAGUCCCCCAAUCAACUAGUUCUAAGACAUUGUAUACAGAGAGGUGGCACUGAAGUCCCUAGUAAUAAGGAUGUUACCUCUUUGGAUUGGAAUUGUGAUGGCACUCUCUUAGCCACUGGUAGUUAUGAUGGAUAUGCUCGUAUCUGGACAACUGAUGGUAGAUUAGCAUCGACAUUAGGCCAGCACAAAGGUCCUAUUUUCGCAUUGAAAUGGAACAAGAAAGGCAAUUACAUUCUCAGUGCCGGAGUUGACAAAACUACAAUUAUUUGGGAUGCUGCAAGUGGUCAAUGUACUCAACAAUUCAGUUUUCAUUCAGCACCUGCCCUAGAUGUCGACUGGCAAACAAAUACGUCUUUCGCUAGCUGCUCGACUGAUCAAUGUAUUCAUGUUUGUAAACUUCAUGUCGAUAGACCAAUUAAGAGCUUUUAUGGACAUACGAAUGAAGUAAACGCUAUUAAGUGGGAUCCUCAAGGUAACCUGUUAGCCAGUUGUUCGGAUGAUAUGACGCUAAAAAUCUGGUCGAUGAAACAAGAUGCGUGUCUACACGAUCUGCAGGCGCACAGUAAAGAAAUUUAUACGAUUAAAUGGUCACCUACUGGACCUGGCACACAAAACCCGAACAUGAACUUAACCCUAGUUAGUGCAUCAUUCGAUUCGACAGUGAGGCUUUGGGACAUCGAUCGCGGUACUUGCAUUUAUACUUUAACAAAACAUACCGAGCCAGUAUAUAGCGUAGCAUUUAGUCCUGAUGGCAAAUUCUUGGCUAGUGGCAGUUUCGAUAAAUACGUUCACAUAUGGUCUACACAGAAUGGUCAACUAGUGCAUAGCUACAAAGGAACAGGAGGAAUUUUCGAGGUGUGCUGGAACAGUAGGGGAGAUAAAGUUGGAGCUUCAGCUUCUGAUGGCAGUGUAUUUGUCCUCGAUCUUCGUAAACUAUGAUUAACGUCAAAAAA